AUGGUGAAGUUUGCGGCGAUGGAACACGAUACAGCACUGACUGAGACAGACCUGCUGGAGGAUUUUUUGUUCGCGGGUUAUGGUGAUGGGACCGAAAGACGUGGGGACGUGGGGAACGCCGGUAACGCGUUCAAUGCUCGUAGCGCGGUGGACGAGGAUAUUUUCAGCGCGUUCAUCAAGACGGAACUUCUGCAACCUCAAAACGGACGACGUUUUACGUCGCCAGGAGUCGAGAAUGCCUACUACGCUGGUCCCAGCCGUAUAGAGUCUGUUUCGCCCGUCAGUGGGCUUAACGUGUCUGCAGAGGAGGCACAUCAGCUCAAGGAGAGCGAACGCGUUGUGAACCAGGUUUUGGCGUUUGGGCGCUCCAAAGCAAUCCAGUCCGCGUAUGUCAACUCCAGCGCAUAUCUGAACAUCGACGGUGACGCGCUCCCCAUGAAAAUGAAAGUUUCGGGCAUGCCAGCUGCGUCGCGUGUCGAGACGCAAAUCCGUCUACAAUUCACAAUUUCUCCGCCGCCUAAAGAAUAUAUCGUGCAUCUGCCUACAGACUGUAUUUCCAAGCAGAAAUUUUACUUGAAGGACGACAUCACGAACUAUCCUCGUGAUAUCCAGGAUCAAAUGUUGUACUUGGAGGCGUUCUUGGUUUGUGCGUCAAACGGCAAGCCAACUUAUGUGUGCAGCCGGUGCGUCAAGCGCGAGGAGCGCCGUGCGUCGCGGAGAAAAUCGGGUCUUUGCGAUAACCUGUUGUGGUGCAACAACGAAAACAGAAGAGGCGUCGUUUUCAACAGUAAACAGGUGUUUGCUUUGAACGGCAACAAUUGUUCGUCUGCGUCGAAAAGUUUUGAACUGCUAGCAAGAAUCGUAUGCUAUUGUAGACAUCACAAGGAGCCAGAAGGAUUCAGACUUCUGUUUGUGUUGAUGGAUUCCAAAAACAAUAUCCUGGCUAAAGAUAUCACAACGCCGAUCAUGAUUAUGGACAAGAAGUCAACCAAAGAAAAUACCAGCACCUGUUCGUCAUCGCUUGCACAUGACUCUGCCGUCGAAUCUACAAACACCACCGAUGGAUUUAAGAGUGAACGCAGUGAUGUUCCGCAUGUUACGUCUACAAGUGAUUUGAGCAAUCUAGAGGCUCCUGUUACAAAAGAAUGGAUGUCUUUGAGCGUGAAAAACGAGCCGAUGCUUUCGCCUACUUCUAUGGGUGGCGACAGUUCAGAAGCGCACGCGACAGAUGCUUAUAACCAGGAUCGUGCUCAGUCUAUGUCUUCGUCGGCGGCUGAGCCCCGCAACUCUGGUUUCAAGCGGAAGCGGGUUGCGGCCGAUGAGCCCUCCUUUUCCAAGACAUUCUCGGACCACGGCAGCAAAUCUCUGUCCAUAUCGCAUCCCCCUUUUUCGAACUCUUCUUCCAAUGUUUCUUUGCAACAAAUGAACGCGUCUACCACACAUUCCCAGCAGCCCAGCUCUCACAUCAUGACUGCUACGUCGAGCAUGCUGCAAGAAAUUUCCGAGUUUACAGGAUCGUCACAAAGCUCCGUGCCAUUCAUUCACCGCGUGAUUCCGGGGCAGGGUCCUGUCAAGGGCGGCAUUGAAAUCACGCUACUGGGCUCUAAUUUCAAGCCUGGAAUGAUCGUCAAAUUUGGCGAAAAUCAAGCAUUGUCAACUCAAUGCUGGUCUGAUACUACUUUGGUCACAUAUCUACCACCUUCUUCGACUUCUGGACAGGUUCUAGUCACAAUUCUGAAUAAUACCGAGGGCCAUCCAGAUCCUUUGACAAGCUCCAGCAACAGCAAAGCCAUCUUCACUUACGUUGACGAUACCGAUCGUCAACUAAUCGAGUUGGCGUUGCAGAUUGUUGGUCUCAAAAUGAACGGGAAACUGGAAGAUGCGAGAAACAUUGCAAAGCGUAUAGUCGGCAAUGAUGGGGGCUCUUCUAAUGAUUCUACGCCUUCUUCAGCAAAUCAAAAUGAUUACAACCAAUACUCUAAUCAGAUGCCACUAUCAGAUGAAAUGCUUCUUUUGAGAGUCAUAAAGUUACUUAACUCGAGCUCAAACCUAUCAAUGUGUGAUGAGGAAGGACAAACAAUGCUACAUUUAUCGUGCUUGAAAGGAUAUUUCCAGUUAGCUAGUUCUCUCAUUAGGGCGGGUGCGAGGGUCAAUGCUAAGGAUUCGUUCGGGCUAACUCCACUUCACUUUGCUUGUCUGAACGGCGACGCUCGUAUCAUACGCCUGCUGGUCUGCUGCAAGGCUAAUGUGCAUUCCGAGGCAUCAAACGGAAUUACACCGAGGGACUUGUUCGUUGUUAAUCACGACACAGACGACGAACGUUAUGAGGACUUCUUGAAUGAGGUACUGGAGCUUCUUGAGGCUGCCGGAUCAGACGAUGAUCUGUCAUUUUCUAUGGGCAGGAAGUUAUCUGACAGUAGCUUUCAAUCUAGCGUCUUUGAUACUGAGUCUCUCAAUUCUCUCAAUGACAACGUUCAGGUGCACAUUUCAAGGAUGAUCGAGAAUCCACUUUCCGACGACGAGAGCGAAGGCUUUGAGGAAUAUGAGGAGGAUGGCGACGAGGGUUUACUUGGUGACGACGAAGUUUUCAAUGUGACGCCUCGUCGUGCCUCCCAUCCAAAUGCUUUGAGACCAAAUAUCCCAUUAGAAGGUAGUUCAACCGGACAAGAUGAAACAUCGCUAUGGAAUAGAGUUUUGAAUGCCAUCAAUGAUGAGCUGCCCAAAUAUGAGGAUUUGUUUCCCACAAAUGAAAAAGAAAAAGGUUUGAACAUCAUCAAUUCCGUAAACUCUUUGGACCCUCGCCGCCCGGCGUCUUCACUGAAUGAAGAAUCACAAACCUCCUCUGAAGACGAAGAAGAAGCAUUGCAAGCACGCAUUAAUGGGUUUUUCCAACAGCGGCAAAAAUUCCAAAACGAUAAAAUGCUUUUGUUCUUCUGGCUUCCAGUGGCCAUUGUUCUUCUUACCUCGUUCAUGAUUUUCGAGUUUGGACAGGACGGUAACUCGAUACAUCAUUUAUCUCAAGUCAUUUCCGACUAUUUAAGAACUGGCAUUGCCAAGCUGAUGCUCGGCAACGAAAGGGUCAAAAUUGCAUUUCAAGAGUCUUUGGGGAUAGCUAUGAGAAGUCAAGCAAUAAGUUCGUAA